UGCAGGAGACAUCAUCUCGCUGGAAGGAUGGCCUUGGCCAGACCAAAACUCGGAGACCUGAUUGAGAUUUUUCGCUUUGGCUAUGAGCAUUGGGCCAUCUAUGUGGGAGAUGGCUAUGUGGUCCACCUGGCUCCCCCAAGUGAAAUUGCUGUAGCUGGUGCAUCCAGUGUCCUGUCCGCCCUGACCAACAAAGCCAUAGUCAAGAAGGAACUGCUGUCUGUGGUGGCCGGGGGAGACGAGUACCAGGUGAACAACAAGCACGAUGACAAGUAUCCGCCACUGCCUUCCAACAAAAUCGUCCGGCGGGCGGAGGAGAUGGUGGGGAGGGUGUUGCACUAUUCGCUGACCAGAGAUAACUGCGAGCACUUCGUGAAUGAGCUGCGCUACGGGGUGUCCCGCAGCGACCAGGUCACUGAUGCGGUCACAACAGCAGGUGUGACAAUAGGUGUCCUAGGAGUCCUGGCUGUGGCAGGCAUCAUGGGGACGAUGCUGUCCAGAAGCAAGCAGGAAGAGGAAUAAAUCCAAGGAACCGACCUGACAGCAGUUAGUGAGGGUGGGUCUUGCUUAGCCAGCGGGAGUGGGGCUUGGCUUACUGAUUUUGCUGUUUUGUGAUUAGGAAUGCUUAUUUCAGUGGAGCCAAAUAACAGCACAGAAGAUUUUAUUUGGGAGAAAUGUAGCUUAGAGU